GAACAGGAGGUGAAGACCAACCGAAACACAUCAGUAAGGAGAACUCGGAUCUGAUCACCUACAUUAACAGAUAUUUGAUUCUGGAAAUGGAUCAGAAGUUGAUCUUGGUCUUCUUACUGUUCUCAGCUGUGUGUGGUGUAUCUCCAUACGUUCCUCAUCGGUAUCACUUUGUGAAUCAGAGUAAAACCUGGACUGAAGCUCAGAGCUACUGCAGACAGAACUACACUGAUCUGGCCACUAUCAACAACAUGGACGAGAUGAAGAAGCUGAACGAGACUCUGAAGGAUAAAACUGUCCAUGCUGUUUGGAUUGGUCUGAACAGAGGGAACACUGGGAAAUGGGGGUGGUCUCUGGGAGGUGGAAGAUUUGAAAGUGUAGAAUAUUCAUACCGGAACUGGAGCAGUGGCGAACCAAAUAAUGCUCUGGGUAAUGAGUCCUGUGUUGCGAUGAAGAAAAAAAAUGGAAUGUGGCUUGAUGUCCCAUGUGAAGAUAAUUACCGUUUUGUGUGUUUAGACGAAAAGAGGACAAACACUGAGAGAUACGUUUUCAUUAAUGAGACAAAGACCUGGCCUGAAGCUCAGAGCUACUGCAGAGAUUAUUACACAGACCUGGUCAGUGUGAGGAACCAGACUGAGAACCAGCAGAUCUGGAGUGAAGCUGGUGCACGGAUCUGGAUUGGCCUGUUUAACGACUCCUGGAAGUGGUCAGAUCAGAAUAAGCUGAUCUUGAUCCAGCAGAAUCUGAGCUGGGCAGAAGCUCUGAAAUACUGCAGAGAGAAUCAUGUGGACCUGGUCUCAGUUCACUCUAAAGAGAUCCAGCUCUGGGUGAAGGAUGUGGCUCAGAAAGCCUCCACUGAUCAUGUGUGGCUGGGUCUGCGUCACACCUGCACCCUCAGCUUCUGGUUCUGGAUGAGUGGAGACUUUAUCUGCAAUGAUAACUGGGCUCCAGGUAACGGUGCAGAAGGUGAAGACUGCAGUCCUGUAGAGAGAACCGGAGCGGUGCAGGCUAGAGGAAAUCAGCAGUGGGUCAGCCUGCCUGAGAACCAGACUCUCAACUUCAUCUGCAUCAGAUAUGAAGCUCAGAUCUACUGCAGAGAGACCUACACUGAUCUGGCCACCAUCAACAACAUGGACGAGAUGAAGAAGCUGAACGAGGCUUUGAAGGAUAAAACUGCCUCCCAGGUGGACCCUAUGGUAUCUGCAACUCAGACUGUGGUCUCUGUGCGUCCAGUGUUAGCACAUUUUCUACUGGUCUUUGCAGCUGUGUGUGGUGUAUCUCCAUACGUUCCUCAUCGGUAUCACUUUGUAAAUGAGAGUAAAACCUGGACUGAAGCUCAGAGCUACUGCAGACAGACCUACGCUGAUCUGGCCACCAUCAACAACAUGGACGAGAUGAAGAACCUGAACAAGACUCUGAAGAAUAAAACUGUUUGGAUUGGUCUGAAUAGAGGGAACACUGGGAAAUGGGGGUGGUCUCUGGGAGGUGGAAGAUUUGAAAGUGUAGGAGAUUCAUACCGGAACUGGAGCAGUGGCGAACCAAAUAAUGCUAAGGGUAAUGAGUUCUGUGUUGCGAUGUAUAAACAAGAUGGAACCUGGCUUGAUGCCCCAUGUGAAGAUAAUAAUACUUUUGUGUGUUUAUAUGAAAAGAACACAAACACUGAGAGAUAUGUUUUCAUUAAUGAGACAAAGACCUGGCCUGAAGCUCAGAGCUACUGCAGAGAUUAUUACACAGACCUGGUCAGUGUGAGGAACCAGACAGAGAACCAGCAGAUCUGGAGUGUGUUAAAAACUGGUAAACGGAUCUGGAUCGGCCUGUUUAAUGACUCCUGGAAAUGGUCAGAUCAGAGCAGCUCCUCAUUCCGAUACUGGGAUUCUAACCAACCAGAUAAUUAUGGUGGAAAAGAGAACUGUACUACUAUAAUAAUGACCAAACAGGGUCACUGGAACGAUGAUAACUGUGACACUUCACAUCAAUUCAUCUGCCAUGAGAAUAAGCUGGUCUUGAUCCAGGAGAAUCUGAGCUGGAAAGGAGCUCUGAGAUACUGCAGAGAGAAUCAUGUGGACCUGGUCUCAGUUCACUCUGAGGAGAUCCAGCUCUGGGUGAAGGAUGUGGCUCAGAAUGCCUCCACUGAUCAUGUGUGGCUGGGUCUGCGUCACACCUGCACCCUCAGCUUCUGGUUCUGGGUGGGUGGAGAGUCCUUCUGCUAUGAUAACUGGGCUCCAGGUAACGGGACAGAAGGUGAAGACUGCAGUCCUGUAGAGAGAACCGGAGCGGUGCAGGCUAGAGGAGAUCAGCAGUGGGUCAGCCUGCCUGAGAACCAGACUCUCAACUUCAUCUGCAUCAGAUAUGAAGACUGAAACCAGGUGUGAAGUGUCUUCUGGAUCAUCAUCAGCUUUCCAACAUUUACUCUAUAUUAGCUUAUAUUAGUGGUUCAUACUUUAUAUACUAGAACUGUUGGGCUAAACUGCAUUAAUUUUUUUUAUAUAUGACCUGCUUUAUCUGUAUUUCAUAGAAUUUCAUAAGUUUUAGUAUUAAUCAAAAUUAAUAAUUGUAAUAAUUAUUUGGACAAUAAUAAUAAUUAUUUGUUGUCAUUGUACAUAAGUGAUGUUUAUUGAUAAUUUUACUGCUGAUAGUAUGCACAGAUUAGACUGAGAGUAACUGUAACAGCAUAGAAAUGCCUGUUGAGAUCUGGAGCGGAAUUCUCCAGACCAAUUAUAUUUCCAUAUAUUAUAUUUGUAUUCUUUUUGUGAUCUUAUCUUAAUGUAUGUUAUACUGUUAUUUUAAUCACAAUAAAAGUGUUUUCACUGAAUGAGUUAUUUGAAUAAAUCAGAUCAAAUCA